AGAAGACUACUCAUAUCUGGAUCGUCGUCGCUAUGUAGUGUCCCUAUAACUUCUAUAUAUCAGCUAUCUACAAUCACACAGGUGUCCCCUCGAAUUUGUCUCGUCUUGUCUUGUCUUGUCUUGUGCCUUGUUGAAUCGUAUUAGGCGGGCCGCAGACCAUGACUCCGUUCCCCAAUCCUCCCUUUAAAGAGAGAAAAUCAUCCAACUAUAUGUAUACGUAUAUAUGUGUCACUGUGUAAUAAUACAUGUCAUUGAAUAGCCAGGGAAUGGGCUAGUGAUCAGGAUAAUGCAGAGACUGACGAUUAUGCUGACAUAACAGCGAGAAAAAGGGAUCUUUGUUUAUCUCUCUACUUUAUCUCUCUAGGUUCCUGCGGCUGCGGGCUCGGAUAUACUCCGUAUUAUAUUUAGCCCUGUAUAUAAAUGGCAUCACCGGCUCCAUUGCUUCACUAUUCUCCGAGAUUCAACCUCACAAAUGGACAUUUAGGUUCGUCUUCUCAUUCAUCCUCCUCAUCAGCAACACCACCGUCUUCAUCGUGUUCUUCGUCUUCGCCUUGUUGUUCCUCCAUCGAUCGCCGCCAGAGCUUUAAUUGGAUCCUCUGCAACUCAUUUGGUGUUAAAAAUACCUGGAAACAUCAAAGCUUCAGAGCUCAUGCUAUGAGUACCACUCAAGGAAGUUUUACAUCACCAAGGGGCACUAUUUGUGAGAAAGAUGAGCCUGAUCAUCUUCUUGUUCUUGUUCAUGGCAUCUUGGCUAGCCCAAGUGAUUGGACAUAUGCGGAAGCGGAGUUGAAAAGGCGUUUGGGAAGAAACUUCCUAAUUCAUGCAAGUUCAUGCAACACUUACACUAAAACCUUCACCGGCAUUGAUGGAGCUGGAAAACGAUUAGCAGAUGAAGUCAUGCAAGUUGUGAAAAAAAAAGACAGCCUAAAAAGGAUAUCCUUUUUAGCCCAUUCUCUUGGUGGACUGUUUGCGAGAUAUGCAAUUGCUGUCCUUUAUUCACCAAAUGCUUCAGGUCAUAAUCAGUUUGAUGAUCUAGCCAUUUCUAUGAAUGCAAACCCAGAAACGGCAUGCUCUUCGAGACGAGGUUUGAUUGCUGGGUUGGAGCCAAUCAAUUUUAUAACCUUGGCAACUCCACAUCUAGGAGUGAGAGGGAAGAAGCAGCUUCCAAUUCUCUUUGGGGUUCCCAUCUUAGAAAAACUUGCUCCACCAAUUGCUCCCAUAUUUGUUGGCCGAACUGGUAGUCAGCUGUUCCUCACUGAUGGUAAACCUGACAAACCGCCUCUUCUAUUAAGAAUGGCUUCUGAUUGUGAAGAUGGACAAUUUAUAUCGGCCCUUGGUGCAUUUAGGUGUCGUGUUCUUUAUGCAAAUGUCUCUUACGACCAUAUGGUUGGUUGGCGCACAUCCUCCGUAAGAAGGGAGACAGAACUAGUUAAGCCCCCUCGGCGAUCUUUGGAUGGUUACAAGCAUGUUGUAGACGUUGAGUAUUGCCCACCGGUCUCAUCUGAGGGUCCCCAUUUUCCUCCAGAAGCAGCCAAAGCAAAGGAAGCAGCACAAAAAACACCCAACCCACAGAACACAGUAGAGUAUCAUGAGAUUAUGGAAGAGGAAAUGAUACGCGGAUUGCAACAGUUGGGGUGGAAAAAAGUUGACGUGAGCUUUCACUCGGCAUUCUGGCCCUUCUUUGCUCACAACAACAUUCAUGUGAAGAGUGAGUGGCUUCAUAAUGCUGGAGCUGGAGUGAUUGCCCAUGUAGCAGACAGCCUAAAGCAACAAGAAAAACAACAAGAAUCUUCCUCAUUUAUUGCUGCUAGCUUGUAGCUGCUAUGAAAUGUAUUCAGUUCAUUUAAUCUGAAAGUUGUACAAUGGACAACAUUUAUAUGAUCCACAAUAAAUUUCUUUUUUCCAUUGA